AUUAACAACAAUAACGCCCGAGCACGCUGUUACUCAACGUUGUCACUGGCCCGCAGAAACUUCUAAUUUUUAAAACUUGCUAAAUACAUCUCAAAUUAUAAAAUACAUUUUAAACGAGGAAUUCAGCUAUCGAAAUAAGGUGCAAGACAGACAUUCCAAUGAAAAGUCAUGACUUCAGAGUUGUAGCUUCUAAGGUUUACGGACAACGUUUUAGGGAGAUAACUUCCCUGAAUAAAAAGAGGCUUCUGCCGGAUUUCUUUGCUUAAACGAGUGUUCGACAUGUCGGUGCCUUUCUGCAACACCCACCUGCGGAUCCCAAGGGGGUUUGGUGCCCUUCUGGAAUGCCUAGUCCGAGAAAUUCUCCGUGACCAACCGGCAGACAUUCCCAAAUAUGCAGCCAUCUACUUUAAACGUCUUCUCGCCCAACGAGAUGGUAGUGGCGUGGACCCAAUUGCGUGGGCUGCCAUGCUGGAAGAUAGAUUUGACAACGACCGUGCAUUUCAGGCUGUUCCUGAAACGGGGCCUGUGACAGAAGACCCCAUUCCUGCAGAAAAAGCAUCUGAGAUACAAGCUGAGGAGGCACCAGCUCAGUCAGCUGAGAUUACACAACCUGAAGCCUCAGCAGCAACUUCGGGUCAAGCCGACCUCGUGGAGGAUGAGAAUGAAAAAUCUCAGGAUGUAUCUCAGUCUGAUACAUUAAGUAAAGUUUCAGAGGUGGAAGAGAGCACUGAAGCUGAAGAGACUGAGGAAGGGGCUGAUGAGGAGGAGGAACAGCAGGUGACUCAGGAAGUUGCUAAAGAAGAGGCUGAGGAUGUAGCUCAAGAGGAGGUCCAGGAGAAGGAUCGGGAGGUGACUCAGGAAUUUAAGAAAGAGGAGAGUGAAGAAGUAGCUCAGGGGGAAUCCCAAGAGGAGGAUCAGCAGGUGACUCAGGAGGAGGCAGCCCAGGAGGAGGUUCAAGUUGAGGAUGAGGGAGCUACAAAGGAUGGUGCUGAAGAAGGCGCCAAGGUGGAAGCAGCUGAUCUUGGAGAGACAGAGCCAACUACAGAGGAAGUCAAAGUUGAGGGUAAUGAAGAUGGUGAUAAUUCACAGGCUGCUGAUGAGGAGAGCACCCUAGCACAGACUGAAGAAACCGAAGAAGCACAGCCUCAAAGCGAAACCAUCGAUGAUGAGCAAGAAGUGGAGGCUCAGGGGGAAAAGUCAAUUGAGGAGGAAAGCGCAGCAACCGUUGCACCAAAUGAGGAAGAUGACCAAUCAGCUAAUGCAGAAGGUAAUUUGGAAAACAGCGUAGAACCAUCAGAGGUUGAAGUUGACUCUGUUGAGAUUCCACAAGCCGAGCAAAGUGACGCUGUGGAGAACCAGUCAGAAGAACAGAUUUCAGAGGCAGAGACUCGGGAAGAGACUCAGGAAGAGAUAAGCAAUGUUGAGCCUGGAAACGAGGGAGAACAAGCUGACACCAACAAUGAGGAAACGGAAGAUGAAGCGGCAAAAGACCCUGUCGGAGAAGCCGGACCUGACGAUGCACCACAACCUGAAGAAUAGAAGGGAAAGAGAGGCAGGAGGAUCGGCGGCAGUAGAGAGCGGUAUAGCUGUGCCAGAGCAGAGAUGCCGCUGUCCUGGCCUGAAUGAAGAAAGAGAGAAGUGGGGUGAAGCUAAGCAACGUAGCAAGCAAGUAUGGUUGGCUGUUAGAAGCUAGCUAAAUUUGGUUUUCAGGCGCACCUAUUUACUACAGGACUCCCCUUUUUUUCUUCUUCAACAUAAAUGUGUGGUAGAAAAUGAACAAUUUAAGGAUAUGUUAUCUUAUGGAGUUUAUGUGAACUUCUUCUGCUUCUCCAGCAGUCUUCAUCAGUCAGUACAGAUGUCUUUAACCCAGUAUUGGCAACACACUGCAUGUAAUUGUGAAACUUCUGGUCAUGUGCUAGUUUUUAGAUGAUCUGUGAAUGUGAAAAUGAAUGUCCUCGAAAUGUAUAACAGGGCUUAUUUUUGGAUGCUCUGUGUAUAAGCCUCAUGUGCAUCAGCAGUAGACCUAUGUGGCUUAACUUGUUAGUGAUUUGUAUGUUAUUUUAUGACAUGCUUGUAUCUUAAAAUUAUUUAUCAUUAUCUGUUUGCUUGCAAUAUUUAUUAAAGAUUGAGAAAAAAUGCAAACGAAAAGUAGCUUUUCUUCUAUGAUCAGAUUUCU